AUGUUCCAAUGUCCAACACCUUCUCCAGGGACUGAACUUUCUGACUGGAAUCCAUGGGUUAUGGUUUCGGUUGCCGUGGUUUGCAUCAUAACCCUUUUCUUCAGUUGUUUUAGGAUUCUACAACGACAAUGUACGCCGUUUCUUGCAGUAAAUCUGUUGAGAAAUUCCGUCCAAAGUCGACGCCUAGACGAGAAUCCUGAAGCUUCUCCUUCGCUGCAGUAUGAGAGCCGGGGUCUCAACUCCUAUAUUAUGCACUCAAUUCCCAUAACUCGGUUUGAGAAAAAUAAGGAUGGAGAAUCUUGUGCAGGCAAUACAGAUUGUGCUGUUUGUUUGGGUGAAUUUGAAGAAGGGCAAUGGGUGAAGCAUUUACCAAAUUGCUCUCAUGAGCUCUACAUCGCAAAGACUUCCUUCGAGAAAGAUCCGAAAACUACCAAGUUUCAAGGGCACAAAUAUUACAACAUGUUUCGCUUUGAAUUGAUGCAGAAAAUGGCUGUUGAAUAUAGUAGCAGAAUCAGCCAUUUUGUGUUUUUCAGAAGAUGGGAAUUUGAUUCUUCAGUAGAUCAAAACAAAUCACUUUUCGAAGAUCUUUUCCUCAUGUUGCCCAUCGAAGAAAUUCUGACCACUAGUCCGAAUGCUAUUUCGCGCGUACUGUUCCGAUUCUUGAGGGGUGGCGGAGGUGGAUGGUAUAUGGCGGAGCUGCUUCGAAAAUGGAAAGAGAACAAACUGUUCAAAGUGGUUUUUGCAGUGACUGGAAUCAUGUCCACUCUCGUCGUCUAUGGGGUCUUACAGGAAAAGAUUAUGAGAGUUCCAUAUGGCCCUCACAAAGAGUACUUUAAAUACUCACUGUUUCUUGUCUUCUGUAACCGCAUUGCAACUUCUGCUGUAUCUGCAGUAGUUUUACUGGCGAGUGGGAAGGCCCUAGACGCUGUUGCUCCGCUUUACAAGUAUGGUAUCAUAUCAGUGUCUAAUAUACUUACGACAACAUGUCAGUAUGAGGCACUGAAAUAUGUCAGUUUCCCAGUGCAGACACUGGCAAAGUGUGCCAAAAUGAUACCUGUAAUGAUCUGGGGCACUGUCAUCAUGCAAAAGAAGUACAAUGGGCGUGAUUAUCUACUUGCCUUUUUGGUGACUCUUGGAUGUUCAUUGUUCAUUUUAUACCCGGCUGCAGGUGAUAUUAGUCCUUAUAGCAGAGGAAGGGAAAGCACAGUUUGGGGUGUUUCCUUGAUGCUCGGUUAUCUUGGGUUUGACGGCUUCACAAGUACGUUCCAGGAUAAACUUUUCAGAGGUUACGAUAUGGAGAUACAGAAUCAGAUAUUCUACACAACAUUAUGUUCAUGUAUACUCAGUUUCACUGGUCUAAUCUUACAAGGCAAUCUUCUAAUGGCAAUAGAUUUUGUUUCACGGCACAAUGAUUGUUUCUUUGACAUCACAAUCCUCUCAACUGUUGCAACAAUUAGCCAGUUCUUUAUUUCUUACACAAUCCGAAAUUUCGGCGCUCUAACCUUCGCCACCAUAAUGACCACAAGACAGUUGGUGAGCAUUCUGCUAUCCUGUGUGUGGUUUGGCCACCCAGUUAGCGUGGAACAAUGUAUUGGAUCGGUUAUCGUCUUUGGGUCCCUUUAUGCAAAAAGCUUCUUAACAAGUAAGCAAAGGCAAUUACCCUCAGAACUCUCCGAAAAUGGAUCUUCGAGUCCAUCGAGGGCAAAUGCAUAG